AUGUGGACACCCAAGAAAUACCACCACCAGAAGGAAGCUAUUGAUUUUGUUUUCCAGCGAGAGAAAGGGCAGGUCCCCUCUCAAUUGAGUCUUUGGAAGUAUAACGACCGGGACAUGGAUGAGCCUUUCUAUCAACAUGUCUUUAGUGGAGCCAAACGCCGCCAACCGGAUGAGGCCAACGGCGGUAUCAUUGCAGAUGAAAUGGGCCUUGGGAAGUCUUUAGUUAUCCUGUCAACAAUCGCCGGCUCUCUUGACCGAGCAGAGGAAUUCGUUGCCUCGCAGAACCAAUUGCUCUCCACUGGACCGCCUCGCACAUAUCCCUCCAGGGCAACUCUUAUUAUAGCACCGUCUUCACUGUUGAUUAAUAACUGGAUUGAAGAAGUUUACAAGUAUACCCCCCCCCCGCAUUUGCAUCUAGUAUGCUUCUUGCUGGCUAAGGAUUGA